CUUUGAUUGCUGCCACAAGAGCGGGUAUUUAAUUUAGUCGUUCUGGGUGAUGACGGACAGCAGACUAAGAAACCUAACGAUCAAGACCAAUGUGGUUAAGCGCAUCAUGAAAGAUAAGACCAAGUAUGAGGAAGAGAUUGUUAAGCAGACUAAAAUUGUAGAAAAUAAAGUCGCUGCACAAGCUGAUGUAUAUGAAAUAAAAAUGGCGAAAGCAGUUUUGGAAGAAAAUGAGAGGAUGAUUCCUGAUUGCGUAGUACGAUUGAAAAAUGCUAUCAAAAAGCUUGAGAGCUGCGCUGAAGAGUGUGAAGAGGAAUUUAGCGAAACAGAAGAAUACCAAAAAGCAAAGGCAUUACUCCAAGAAUGCUCAGAAAUUUGUGCUUGUAAAUGA